CUAUAUUGCUCUCUCCUCUCUUUUCAAAUUCUAGUGUCUAAAUCCCCAAGCUUUAAAUGGCAAACCCUCCCGCCGCUGUCGUUGCAACCUCUGCAACCGGAGACCCUCGGCGUCGCCUCUCAGCUUCCAUCAGUGAAGCAAUAUGCAAGAGAAGGUUCCGGAGAAACAGCAAAAGCGGUGGCAGAUCGGAUAUGGUGAAACCUUUUAAUAUCCUCAAUUUUCCGACACAAGACAAAAACAGUAGUUGUUGUUGCAGCGUGUUUCAGAUCGUGAAGGUUCUCUUGUGUAUCCUUUUAUCGGCUACUCUCUUCACCAUCAUCUAUUCCCCUGAAGCUUAUCAUUCCCUUUCCCACUCUUCUAGAUGGAUAUGGAGAAGACAAGAUCCAAGAUAUGUCUCGGACCUGGAGAUAAGUUGGGACGAUGUGACCAAAACCAUUGCAAGCGUUCAAGAAGGCCGUACGAUUGGUGUCUUAAAUUUCGAUACGAAAGAGAUCCGACGGUGGAGAGAUGUAGCCAUGACUAAAGACAACGAGGAUGAUGAAAACGUUGUUGAAUUAGAUUUGGAGCACGCAGAAAAGAACGUGACUUGGGACGCACUCUACCCAGAGUGGAUCGAUGAGGAGCAAGAAAAAGAUGUCCCUGUUUGUCCUAACCUCCCAAAGAUCAAAGUGCCUACAAGAAGACUAGAUCUGGUCGUUGUGAAGCUUCCUUGUCGGAACGAAGGAAACUGGUCAAGAGACGUCGCGAGAUUGCAUCUGCAGAUGGCGGCAGCAACGGUGGCAGCUUCGGCGAAAGGGUUCUUCGGAGGUCACGUGAUGUUUGUCUCGAGAUGUUUCCCGAUGCCGAAUCUAUUUCGGUGUAAGGAUCUCGUGUCUAGGAGAGGCGAUGUUUGGUUGUAUAAACCUAAUCUUGAUACCUUGAGAGACAAGCUUCAGCUUCCUAUUGGUUCUUGUGAGCUCUCUCUUCCUUUCGGAAUCAAAGAGAGACCAAGCUUAGGAAACCCUAAAAGAGAAGCUUACGCAACAAUUCUUCAUUCUGCUCACGUUUACGUCUGCGGAGCAAUCGCGGCCGCACAGAGCAUAAGACAGUCAGGCUCAACGAGAGACCUCGUGAUCGUCGUCGAUGAAAACAUCAGCGGUUAUCACAGGAGCGGACUCGAAGCUGCUGGUUGGCAAAUCAGGACAAUACAGCGGAUUCGAAACCCUAAAGCAGAGAAAGACGCUUACAACGAGUGGAACUACAGCAAGUUCAGACUAUGGCAACUCACUGACUACGACAAAAUCAUCUUCAUAGAUGCAGAUCUCUUAAUCUUGAGAAACAUCGACUUCUUGUUCUCGAUGCCUGAGAUCUCAGCUACGGGAAACAAUGGCACUCUGUUUAACUCGGGAGUUAUGGUGAUCGAGCCUUGCAACUGCACGUUUCAGCUUUUGAUGGAACAUAUAAACGAGAUUGAGUCGUACAACGGUGGAGAUCAAGGUUACUUGAACGAGGUGUUCACGUGGUGGCAUCGGAUUCCGAAACACAUGAAUUUCUUGAAGCAUUUUUGGGUUGGGGAUGAAGAUGACGUGAAGCGCAAGAAAACGGAGUUGUUUGGAGCAGAGCCUCCUAUUCUUUAUGUUCUUCAUUACCUGGGGAUGAAGCCAUGGCUAUGUUACCGUGACUAUGACUGUAACUUCAACUCCGACAUAUUCGUUGAGUUUGCGACAGAUAUUGCUCACCGACGAUGGUGGAUGGUCCACGACGCAAUGCCACAGCGGUUGCGGUUGCGGCUGCGGGCGUUUGCGGAUGCGGUUUCUAGCGGUUUUAAGAGAUUUGUACGACUGGUUCUGCGGUUAGAAAUUGGAGCUUCAUCAAUUUUGUUACUUGCGAUCCAAGCAAAAGGCUCAGCUGGAAUAUGAUCGCCGGCAAGCCGAGGCUGCGAACUAUGCCGACGGCCACUGGAAAAUAAGAGUAAAGGACAAGAGAUUCAAGAUUUGCAUCGAUAAACUGUGUAACUGGAAAAGCAUGUUGCGGCAUUGGGGAGAAUCAAACUGGACCGACUACGAGUCUUUUGUACCAACACCACCGGCCAUCACCGCCGUCCGGAAAACCUCGCUUCCCGGCCAUAACUUGUGACGAGAUACAUAUAAACAUAUAUAUAUAUAUAUAUAUAUAUAUAUAUUAAUGAAUUUUCAUUAUAUUUUUUUGCCUGUGAAAUUAGGUCAAUAUCAGAUGU